AUGACAAUAGAGCAGAAAACAAUGAUUCGAUUCGGGUCGAUUAUUGGACCUUUUUUGAUGGUACUGUUUCAUUUUCCAGCAGCAGCAGAGGGGCAAACUUCAUCCUUCUUCACCGUCCAGGCAGGUGACAAAAUAACUUUGUCUUGUGAAAAUAUAAGAAAAGAUCUGAAAAACUGUGACAGGACGACAUGGACGUACAGAAACUUCAUGCAGGAAGGAACCAUCUUUGAAAACGGGCAGAUUAAAAAAGAUGCAACAACUGAUUCCAGUAGACUGAGUUUAACAGCGGACUGCUCUUUGGUCAUAAAGAAGAUCACACUUCAGGACGCUGGGCUUUAUACCUGCAAACAAAACCUGCUGGCAAAUCAAGAUUCACAAGAGUCUCUGGUUGAUGUGUCUGUUAUUAAAGUGAGUGAACCGGAGUUUAAUGAUGAUGUUAGCUUGCACUGCUCUUUACAGGAACAUAAGUACUGCACUCACACAGUAGAGUGGGUGUAUGACCAGAAGAUGCCCUCAGGUGUGAAGGUAUUAUUAUUUUCCUGCCGGGCCACUGUGACAUUUACAACAUCUCUCCUCAGUCAGAAGUCAAACAUUUAUGAGUUACUGAAAUGCAAAGUGACAGCUAAAACUGGAGAGGUUCAGCUGUUCGGCUUCAGGCCUCAGUCCUUAGAUGAGGAAGAUGGAGAAAAAGAUGCAGCAACCACAGCAAAAACAACAACAACCACAGCAACUUUACUGGCAACAAGAAAACCAACAAUCGCUAUAGCAACAGCAGUGGAUCUGCCUUCAUUCAGCAGGAAAUGGACGCGUAUCGAAGGCAACGCAACAGACAACAGGAAGUAUUCAAAGCAACAAGAUUUCAUCUAUUCUUUAAGAUGCAUCAUUGUGUCUGUGGGUUUGGCAGCUCUCCUAAUGUUGGUUGUUGCAGUCAACAAGUGGGCAAAAACUAAAGAACGCAGAACACAACUGGAACAAAAGGAGCCAAAUAAAGAAGAUGAAAACAUUAAAGAGCCCAAACUCAACCUGAACACAACUCCCUGUAGGAUUCGGACCAACAACUGAAGGAUCACAGUCAGAGGACUGAAAAACAACGUAUUCAGGAGAGAGUUUCCACCACCGGUUGGAUUCUCACUGGGAAUGUGGAGUUAAACCCAAACGCCCAGUGGUGCAUCAUAACUAGAAACAGAUCGCUUUCCAGAGAAUCCAUUUGAACCGUCACUGCUCACUAGAGCCCUCUAGUGGAAGAAAAGCAUAAAGACUCAUUGUGUAUGUUGUGCACUGUUAUAUUAAUUAAAUAUA